CUCUCUCUCUGCAGCUGUGACUUCUCACCUACAAUUGUAAGGCAUUUAACUUUUCCUAUGUGAAAAGCAUGGCAAUAUGCAAGCCAACUAUGGUUUGUCUGUGCGUGUUGUUUCUGCAUCAUCUGAACCAGACAUUCUAACCUUUUCCACUCUUCUCCCCUUCUCAGAGUCCAGCCGGGCUUUCUACACCACUCUUCCAUCUCCAUUGCUGCUGCUGCUGCAGCAGCUAAUUUUAUUCCUUGUCCAUUUCCUCUCUCUCUCUCUCUCUACCUAUCUCUCUUGACUGAGCUUCUCAUCUUCUUCUUCUCUUCUCUUUCUGUCUUCUUUCACACACACCUGUCACUCGUUUUUGCUCUCUACUGUAAACAAAGACAUUGCAUGAGGCAAAAGUCAUACACAAAGCACUCCUCCUGUCUUCUUACUUCCCACGAUUCUUCCUUGCUUUUGCUUCACUUCUUCUUCCUUCUCUUUCUCCCAAUUCUCUCACCACAAUGCCAUCAGUGCCAUCCACUUCAUCAUCACCAUCGCCAGCAGCAACAUCACCGCCCGUUCCCAUGCACAGCAGAAGAGCACUCCACGUUCCUUUUUUCCCGCUUCCUUCCACUCCUCCGGCGGAGUCACCUUCCGGCUUCCCAAAAUACCCCUCCUCGGCCACCCCCUUCUUCCCGUUCUACCCCUCCACCCCGCCCCCGCCGCCGCCGCCACCCACGCCCGCCUCCGGGCAUCCCACCUUCCCCGCCAACAUAUCCUCCCUCACCUUUCCAGGCUCCCGCUCCGCCCCUCCCCCCCGCCAUAGCUCUGCGGUCGUCGCCGCCGUCCUCCUCCCCCUCCUCGCCCUUGGUCUCCUUGCCGCCGCCGCCGUGCUCUUCCUUCGCCGACGUCGCCGGCGUCUUCUCCGCGGGCAUUACUCCGACAAGGACGACUCCCGCUCCGACUCCGACCGCCUCUUCCCCGCCGACUCCGCCGCUUCCGACGGCGGCGACCCCAAGCUGUCCCCUUCCGCAGCUGCGUCAUCCGAAUUCCUCUACCCCGGGACCCUCGUUGACGCCCGCCGCGGCGUCUACGGCGAAGAUGGUGGCCACCUCGCUGCUGACCCGUUAAGCGGAUCGCUCGACCCGAAGCUGGGGUCGCCGGAGCUCCUGCCGCUCCCCCCGCUGCCGCGUCAGUUCCGGCAUGGGCAUGAAAAAGGGGAGAUGGGGGGCUCGUCGGAGGAGGAGUUCUAUUCGCCGCGGUUGUCGUCGACGGAGAAGGGAAGCUCUGGAAGGCUGGCGGGCGAGCGGUUGUCGAGCUCCCGGCGGACGUAUCCGGCGGCAGUAGAAAAAUGUGGGUCUCGGAAUUCGACGCUGAGCACGCCGUCGUACCCGUCGUCGAUCGUGGCCUCAUCCCCUCCGUCAUCGCCGGUGGCUUCAUCGUGUCGCGCCGGAUCCAGCCCCGGCCAUUCGAGCGGCGGAUCUUUGAAGUCCAGAUCUGAAAGGAGUCGGGCGGGAAGUCUUGUAUUCGCGUCUCCACCGCCGCCUCCACCACCUCCCCCGCCGCCUCCCCUUCGGCCUCUAACACCGUCACCUCCUAAGCGGAAACCCCCGUCGCCUUCGCCACCUUCUUCCCCGGCGCAGAAAGAAUCUGAAAGAAAGGUGGAAACUUCUGAUCUGGCGGGACAAAGUCUGAGGCCGUCCAUGACAGCUGGGCACUUCUCUGGCAAUCCAUUUGUUGUCAGCAAGCAGCUAGGAAUACCACAGAGACAGCCUCCGUCGCCACCGCCUCCACCCCCACCACCACCACCAGUUGGAUACUGGGAGAGCCAGGUUCGAAAGCCACAGGGAAAACACCUACCAGUUGGAGUGAAGACUUCCUCGGCGGUGGACUACACCACAGAUCCGAGGGAGAAUUCAGAUGAAAUGGAGAAGACGGAGGAUACGCCUCGGCCAAAGUUGAAGCCUUUGCACUGGGAUAAGGUUCAGGCGAGCUCAAACCGAGCAAUGGUGUGGGAUCAGUUGAAAUCCAGCUCCUUCCAGGUGAACGAGGAAAUGAUCGAGACUCUGUUUAUUUCCAAGGCAACAAAUGCAAAACCUAAGGAGACCACCAAGUGGCAGGUCCUUCCAUUGCCGACUCAAGAGAACAAGGUGCUCGAUCCAAAGAAGUCGCAAAACAUUGCUAUUCUACUGAGGGCAUUGAAUGUGACCAAGGAGGAAGUCUGUGAAGCGCUACUGGAAGGUAAUGCUGAUAGCUUAGGAACUGAACUGCUGGAGACCUUACUAAAGAUGGCUCCUAGCAAAGAAGAAGAGCAUAAAUUGAAAGAAUACAAAGAUGAUUCCCCAUUCAAGCUUGGCCCAGCGGAGAAGUUUCUUAAAGCAUUGCUGGAUGUACCAUUUGCAUUUAAAAGAGUUGACGCAAUGCUUUACAUUGCCAAUUUCGAUUCAGAGGUCAAUUUUCUUAAGAAGUCCUUUGAAACUCUGGAGGCUGCUUGUGAAGAGCUGAGGAGCAGCAGGUUGUUCAUCAAGCUUCUAGAGGCUGUCCUGAAGACUGGGAACCGAAUGAAUGUCGGUACAAAUCGAGGCGAUGCACAUGCUUUCAAGCUUGACACGUUGCUUAAACUAGUCGAUGUCAAAGGCACUGAUGGCAAGACGACACUUCUGCACUUUGUCGUCCAGGAGAUUAUUAGAGCAGAAGGUUCCCGUCUUUCUGCCACCAAUAAUUCGGCUGCCAAAACUCAAACCAACACUCUACAAGAUGGCCUCGAGUGCAGAAAGCUUGGUCUCCGAGUCGUCGCCAGCUUAGGAGGUGAACUCAGCAAUGUUAAGAAGGCAGCUGCAAUGGAUUCUGACAUACUCAGCAGCUACGUCUCUAAGCUCGCUGGAGGGAUCGGGAAGAUCAAUGAGGUGUUGAGAUUGAAUAAAGCAUCUGACUCUAAGGACGACAGCCAGAGAUUCCAUGACGCCAUGGACCGGUUUCUAACGAGGGCAGAGGAUGACAUUAUAAAAGUGCAGGCUCAAGAGAGUGUGGCAUUGUCUCUGGUGAAGGAGAUAACCGAGUAUUUCCAUGGUAACUCCGCCAAGGAAGAAGCACAUCCCUUCAGGAUUUUCAUGGUGGUCAGAGAUUUUCUGGCCGUGCUUGAUCGUGUCUGCAAGGAGGUCGGAAGGAUAAACGAACGCACCAUCAUCAGUUUGGCACAGCAGUUUCCGGUGCCGGUGAACCCAACCCUACCACCUGUGUUCCCGAGGUUUCAUGCAUUGAGACCAGAAGGCUCUGAUGAGGAUGAGAGCUCAUUGUCAUCGUAGAGCGAUCGACGCCUACAAUUUCCACACUCAAGGUGGGAGUUAUCAGCUGGAAUUCCCCAAGAAAUGAGAUUAGCUCCAGAUCAUUCGAUAUAUAUUUUUUUUGUAUUAGUAGAAUAUUAAUGUAAUUGCCUUUUUUUGUCUAACUGUUAAUUUGCUCCUAUAUAUACAUACACAAAGAAAGUCUAGGUAGUGGAAACUAAGGUUAGCUUCCUCUCACUUGGUUCGGACAAAUCUAUGUUCACAGAUCACUGAAUCUAUGGGAUAAAGGUACAGUUAAGAAAUCACAUUCUUUUGA